GAACCGGAAUAUUUGGCAAUAAUAAAAAGAAAAAAAAAGUGACAGAUCACUUACCAAGAGUUGCAGCUGAGAAAUAGUCGUUUAUUUACAUUACUACUACAUUUUUACAUCAUGGAUAUGCUCAACAAAUUAAAAUCGACCGUGAGCACGACUGUCUCUCAGCUCUCUGGUGUUUUGCCCGGCAAUCCCGUGACAAGGGAAUACGAAGUAGGCAAACUGAUUGGAUCUGCUGGUCCCGAUCUUUUGUGGAAAAUAUUUAGCGGUUACAAGAAAUCGACCAAGCAAGAAGCAUCCAUUUUUGUGUUGGAAAAGAAAUUAUUGGAAAAAUAUUCCAAAAAGGACAAGGAUCAAUUAGUCGAAGUGCUUCGCAGGGGUGUAGCACAGCUGACCCGCCUUAGACAUCCCCAGAUUCUCACAGUGCAGCAUCCCGUGGAAGAGAGCAGAGAAAGCUUGGCGUUUGCUACAGAGCCGGUCUUUGCUUCCCUGGCCAAUGUUCUUGGAUGUCAUGAAAAUGUCAGCCCAUUGCCUCAGCAGUUGAGAGAUUACAAGCUUUUUGAAGUGGAAAUCAAAUAUGGUCUCCAGCAACUUAUCGAGGGGCUUAUAUUUCUUCACAAUGAUGUCAAACUCUUGCACUGUAACAUAUGUCCUGAAUCCAUCGUUAUUAACCAACAAGGAGCCUUCAAAAUUUUUGGUUUUGACUUUUGCACAUCGAGUCAAGAUACAACCAGCAAACUGUGGCCAGUAAGGGAGCCGGACCCUGAACUAUCUCCGGUAUCGCAGUCGAAUCUGGAUUAUUUGGCCCCCGAACUGGGUCGUAAUCAUCGAAGGCACGGCAAUGGAGCCAAUACGAUCGGUUGCGGAGCAUCUGUCGACAUGUAUUCGCUCGGUUGCCUCAUUGUCAGCAUCUACCAGAACGGCAAAAGUCCGUGGCAGAUGGACGGUGACGUGGAGAGCUUUUACCGACAUGCCGCUUCGCACACGCAGACAUUGCAAAGAAUGGAGGGCGUACCGCCAGAAUUGGUGGAUCACGUUCGCUCCCUCCUGCAUCCCACGCCGGAACAAAGGCUGGACGCCCACCAGUUGGUCAAAAUCAGCUGGUUUGAUGACGUUGGAGUGAAAACACUCAACUAUCUCGAUUCACUCUUCCAAUGGGAUAAUCUCCAGAAAUCCCAAUUUUUCAAAGGCUUGCCGCAGAUUCUGCCACGACUUCCGGAGCGUGUGUGCCUGCACCGUGUGAUGCCCUGUCUGGCCAAAGAGUUUGUGAACCCCUCAAUGGUCCCCUUCAUUUUGCCGUGUGCACUUCACAUCGCACAAGAGGCCAGCAAGGAGAACUACGUGGCCCACAUUUUGCCGCACCUGAGACCCGUCAUGAAAAUUCAGGAGCCUGUCCAGAUCUUGCUCAUCUUCAUGCAGCGAAUGGAGUUGCUUCUGCAGAAAACGCCAGCAGACGAUGUCAAAUCCGACGUGCUGCCCAUGAUUUACCGGGCCCUGGAGGCCGAGGCGGCUCCACAGAUCCAGGAGCUGUGUUUAAGCGUGAUCCCCAGUUUCGCCUCGCUCAUCGACUACCCGGCCAUGAAAAACGCGCUGAUGCCACGCAUCAAGAAACUCUGCCUUCUGCCUUCUGGCCAGCUCUCUGUCCGCGUCAACUGCCUCAUUUGUAUCGGCAAACUGCUGGACAAUGUCGACAAGUGGCUGGUGUUGGACGACAUUCUGCCCAUGCUGCCCGCCAUCCCGUCCAGGGACCCGGCCGUCGUCAUGGCCAUUCUGGGGGUGUAUAAAAUCGCCCUGGAACACCCGCGACUGGGAAUACCGAAAGAAGUCAUUGCCACGCAAAUUGUUCCCUUUCUCUUCCCGCUGCUAGUCGAACCGGGACUGUCGUUGACUCAAUUCCGGGCACUCGUCGCCAUGGUCAAAGAGAUGCUGGCCAAAGUGGAAGAGGAGCAGAAGACGAAAUUGGAGAGCGUGGCCGCCCUGCAAGACGAACAGCGCUCGGCUCUUGGGAAUUUGUCGCUGGGCGAUUCGUCAUCGAGAAAUUCGGCGACGGGCGGCGGAGGAGGCUCAGCCCAACAGAGUUCAUCCGGGACCCACAACUCUUCUUCUUCCAGCGUCGUGUCGCAACAAAUCGAUGCUUUAUUCGCCCAGUUAUCGACCUCUCAGAGCGAGGCAACAACAACGAGCAAACAAACGACCGUGGCGUCGUCUACUCAGACUGCCACUACUCCAUCGAUGACUAGUAAUGUUAUUACAAACAGCCGUAUCGAUUCCGGUCCCGCUACGGCGGCCGCUGCUGCUGCUAAACCGGCGACGUCGAACAUGAUGUCAUUACGACCAGCGCCAAACAACACGCCGCCAACCUGGAAUAAUAACAACAUUAACGGGACGCAACGAGCCAACGCGACAGCAGCAGCAGCAGCAGGCAGAGGAGGAGUCAACAAAGAUCCAGUUAGUUCCAUGAUUCACUCCAAUUUGAGUGCCAUGGGAGGAAUGGGAGCCAUCCGACCGGCUAAUCAAUGGAGUCCUGCUGCUACUCCGACAAGUCAACCGUUCGCUCCGCCUUCGUGGGGCCAGAGUCCGGCAGCUGCUGCUCUGCCCACUGCUGUGCCAAUUCAACAGUCUCAAAUGAGAAUGAUGGCCACGCCGCUGAUUCCACAAAGCCAACAACAGCAGCAACCGCAGUUUAACCAACAACAACAACAACUAAACUCGAUGAUGAUGAUGAUGAUGCCGCAAUCGACUUUUGUUCAGCCCGGCAACUCGACUGCUCCGGCGGCAUUCCGCCCACUCGCCCGUUCCGAUAUAGACGAUUUAUUAAGUUAAAAAGAAAAAAGAAAUGCCAAAAUCAUCCGAGAGUCAAUCAACAAGAAGAAGAAAAAGAAGAAAAUCGGAAAUCCCAUUCCUGACUGUGCGUUAUUGUUUGUGUGUGUCUUAAACUAGACCUUAAUGUUUGUUGUACGUAUACACUAACUACUACAAAACUACUAAACCGAAAGCAACUAUAAUCGAAUGAAAUACUGUGCUGUCUA